UGGCGGCCUCAGUCCCCGAGACGCAGCAGCAGCAGCUAGGUGCGGACAGGCAGAGCCUGCUCACAGUCUCACACUCCACUCUGCCACCCUCUGUCUGAGCUGCCCCUGUUGCCAUGGACGCGCGGAUCUUGCUCCCGCUGCUGCUCUUCCUCCUCGGCUCGCAUUGCUGGACCGGGGCGGCGGCGGCGAGGCGGCAGCUGCUGCAGGCCCGGCGCGCCGGGGAUCCCAACUCGCAGGUCAAGUUCGACUUCUCGCCGUUCCUCAUCGAGUACAAGAGCGGGCGCGUGAAGCGGCUGAUGGGCACCGACGUGGUGGCGGCGUCCUCGGACGCGCUCACGGGCGUCACCUCCCGCGACGUGGUCAUCGACCCGUCCACGGGCGUCGCGGCGCGGCUGUACCUCCCGAGCUUCCGCGCCAGCGCCCGGGUGCCCGUGCUCGUCUACUUCCACGGCGGCGCGUUCGUGGUGGAGUCCGCGUUCACGCCCAUCUACCACGCGUACCUCAACACGCUGGCGGCAAGGGCGGGCGUCGUGGCCGUGUCCGUGAACUACCGCCUGGCGCCGGAGCACCCGCUCCCGGCGGCGUACGACGACUCGUGGGCCGCGCUCAGGUGGGUGCUCGCGAACGCGGCCGGGUCGGACCCGUGGCUGUCCCAGUACGGCGACCUGUCGCGGCUGUUCCUCGCCGGUGACAGCGCGGGCGGCAACAUCGCGCACAACCUGGCAUUGCGCGCGGGGGAGGAGGCCCUGGACGGCGGCGCGCGGAUCAAGGGCGUGGCGCUGCUGGACCCCUACUUCCAGGGCCAGAGCCCCGUGGGCGCGGACGCCACGGACCCGGCGUACCUCCAGUCGGCGGCGCGCACCUGGAGCUUCAUCUGCGCGGGGCGGUACCCGAUCAACCACCCCUACGCGGACCCGCUGGUGCUGCCGGCGGCGUCGUGGCAGCACCUGGGCGCGUCCCGCGUGCUGGUGACCGUGUCGGAGCGGGACCGGCUGAGCCCCUGGCAGCGCGCCUACUACGCCGCGCUCCGGGGCAGCGGCUGGCCCGGGGAGGCGGAGCUGUACGAGACCCCCGGCGAGGGCCACGUCUACUUCCUCACCAAGCUCGGCUCGCCGCAGGCGCUCGCCGAGAUGGCCAAGCUCGUCGCCUUCAUUAACCGCGACUAGCAGCCGGGGUGCGGAGUCGCCGGCUCGCCGCGGCGGCACCGUGACGGCAUCAGUAUACUACAGUAGUGGCAGUAACUAGCGAGGAGUGAGGGGUGAUUAGUACUAGUAAUUACUACUUUUUUGUCCUUGAUGGUGAUUACCGGUCGAUUAUAUUAUUACCACUAUACGUCGUCGGAAGAAAUGGCUCCUCCCCAGCAACCGUCCGGAUGGAGAGGGGGACCGGUGUUUGCUCGUUCGCCCGCCGGCCCGCGUCGCGUCUCAUUGACUGCAGCCCACAGGCACAGGCAGGAGGCUAGCGUGCUGUGCAGCUGUGCUAGUGUGCUGGCCGCUGCCUGCGUGUAGCGGUUACUUCAGUUACAGUGCUGCCGUAUAAUAUUCGUAUAGAAGCGUCACUCUGCUACUGGGACCAGCUGCCGACUGCAGUGUGUACUUUUUUUUUCUGCUAGUGCUAUAUGGUUGCCUGGUUGGUGAUUC